AAAUAGGUGGAGCUAUGCAAAAGCAAUAGGAAGUAGUUCACAAGAGAGCUGGGGACUUUGACUUCCAGUUCAGUGAACACUGUUUCAUCAGAACAACAAUGUCCAGUGAAACAUCCCAGCAUCAAAAUCAACAACGUGAACCAUGUGGAAAAGGUGGAUGUGUUAGCACUUUCAGUGAUCAGAAAGUUGUGAAGAUCAUAAAGGAAUGCAAGUCAGAGAGUUUCUGGUUCAGAGCUGUGCCUUUAUCUCUUGGAAGUAUGCUGGUUACCACAGGUUUGAUGCACAAAGGAAUUCUUUCUCCUUCAAAAAAAUAUGGGCCGAUCCCUAAAGUUGCACUGGCUGGAAUACUUGGAUUUAUGAUCGGAAAAAUAUCUUACAUGGGAGUUUGUCGUAAGAAGUUUCAAAAUGCCGGAUUUGAGCAUUCUGGGCACAGAAUGCCUCAAGGAUACAUAAAGUUCCUUUUUGGCAAACCCUAUUAUGAGAAUAACUCCAGCAAAGAUAAAAAUGAACCUCCCCAACACACAGAUGAUUCAAGUAAAUCUCAGCCAACUCUAGCAACUGAUGACUCAAGAUCAAAGCCUACCUGAAGAAUAAAUAUUACAUUCCAUCCCAAACCUGUCCAUGACAUUCAGCAGGUUCAUUGUAGCUCAUAUGGAUCCACAUAACUUCUCAAUUAUCUCAACAAUAAUGGAAAAAGCAAUGCUAUAUAGCUGUAAUUAUAGAUAAGUCUGAUUGUAUUUUAAGAGCAGUGUGACGGCAUUUGUUAUUCUGUUAGUAAUAAAAUAUAAACAACCACAAAA